UCGCCCUUCCUCACUCGUUCGCGCACGUUUCCGCGCGGGGCUGCCAUGAACCAGUCCCCAUCCGGCGGGAACAAAUCGGGCUCGAUGGGGCCUCUAGAGGGGCUCUCCCGGUACGGAUCGGCGCCGGGCUCGUUCCUCUCCGGGCUUGCCGACUCGGCCAUCGCAGGCGGGGGAGGAGGAGGAGGGGAGCCGUCUGCUGUCGGCGCCGGGUCGGAGGGGAUGGUGGGCCGGUUCUUCGCGGGCGAAUCGUCCUGCCCCACGUCCGAGUCUGGUUGCCGGGACUCCGCUGGCGGCGUUGGGGGAUGCCUGCAAGGGUCGUACCGCCCCGGGGAUCUCCACCUUUCGGCGGGCGGGUCCCUCUUGGUCCGCCACAGCAGCUCGCCCGCGGGGUUCUUCUCCCAUCCCCUAACGGAUCACGGUGUUUCCACUACAAGGGUGUCUGCUAAUUACUCUCAAACAGGCACUGACAGCAUUCAUGCAUCUGCAAAUAGAAGGUUGAGGUCCCAAUGGAGUUUUUCAAGAGAUUCACUGUCACAAAUCUCAGAAUUGAGCAUUCCAGAAAUAGGAGAGAAUGAUACAUGCUGCAACAGUUCGGAUGAGGCUGCUGGGCAUGCUGGCCAAUCCUACAUUUCUGGCAAUUUUCAGUUGGGCUCUUGGGAGGAUAACAAUUCAAUUGCGUUUUCUGCUCCACCUAAUAAACAGGCCAAAGAUAAUGCUGAUGAUAUGGUCACUGGCCUCAGUAACAUUGCCUCUCAGUUUAGCUUUCCAAGAACUUCAUCAGAAAUGUCUGCUUUAGAGAAGUACCUUCAAGUCCAACAAGAUUCAGUGCCUUGCAGAGUCCGAGCAAAGCGUGGUUGUGCCACACAUCCCCGGAGUAUUGCUGAGAGGGAGAGGAGAACUCGAAUUAGUAAAAGGUUGCGGAAAUUGCAAGAUAUUGUGCCUAAUAUGGACAAGCAAACGAGCACCUCGGAUAUGUUGGAGCUGGCAAUUCAGCACAUCAAAGAGCUUCAGAGCCAAGUUCAGAAGCUUAAGCAAGAGCAAGCAAAUUGCACAUGUCCAGGGAAGCAAGAAAAAGCUGGAGAGUAAUACUAGUAUUAUGAACAUUCUGUGCCAUAUUGUUGUUGUAUUGGUAUGUGUAUUAAAUAACAAAGUCAUCAUCAUUUGUACGUUAUGUUUGUUUGUUUUCCCUCCCUGCGAUCUUUGGGUUAUUUUGCAGAUUGUAGGUGAUAAUAAUGAGUCACUGCAAACUUUCUUCUGUUGUAGUUUCAUAUAACAUUUGCACUUUUUUACCUUUGUA